UAUGCACUUAUCCACUCGUAAAUCUGACGGUGCUCCACCCUCUCCAUCGCUUUCAUCUCUCCAUCUGUUACUGUCCCACGAGUGGAGAGGAUUUCAGCACCGGGACAGAUCCUCGAGGCAUCAUGGCGACAGAGUUUCACAACCUCCAGGAGUUGCGUCACAGCGCAUCUCUGGCCACCAAAGUCUUCGUUCAGAGAGAUUACAGUGACGGCACCGUCUGCAAAUUUCAGACCAAGUUUCCUGCAGAGCUGGACAGUAGAAUCGAAAGGAGUUUGUUUGAAGAAACAGUAAAGACGCUGAACUGCUUUUACUCGGAGGCAGAGAAGAUCAGCGGUCCAUCGUACCUGGAAGGCUGUCUGGCCUGUGCUACAGCUUACAUCAUUUUCAUGUGCAUGGAGACACGCUAUGAAAAGAUCCUGAAGAAGAUCAGUAUGUAUGUCCAAGAGCAAAAUGAGAAGAUCUAUGCACCCAGAGGUUUGCUGUUGACAGACCCCAUCGAGAGAGGCAUGAGAGUGAUCGAGAUCUCAAUAUUCGAGGACAGCGGCUCCAGCAGUUCCAGUUCCAGUACGAGUUCUCCAUCCAGCAGCCCAGCACAAUGACUGGAGGAGCAGCACCAGGGGUACGGGUACAGAGGGGCCAGUACAUUGGCCAAAAUCCGCAUGCUGAAACAUGAGAGCACCAGAUUUUAAAGAGAGAGAGAGAGUAGCAAAGUACCGCUCACUCUUUUCAAAGAAAUGCAAAGCCAGAAGCCCUCCUCCCCCUGUCAUUUUCUUUAUUUCAUCCUCCCCUGCAUUUCCAUUAGGGACGGACACAAUCUCCAUCAGACACCCUGAAUGCUGAAGAUGAGUAUGAUAGACAGAAUGCGUCCUACAGGAAUUUCAUUUUGAUUUUUCUCUGUUACCUUGUCUCGGAUUGUGUGUGGACUAUGUGUGACCACCUCUUAAGGGACUAGCUGUGUUUUACUAUAGCCAUUAAGUAGAGCAUGGCACUAGCAACAUUUAGGUUGGGUUUUAAAACACUGUUACAAGCUUAAAACACUUAAACUAGAUUUCAAGGUCUAGACCAGUGGUCUCCAACAUGGUGCCCGCGGGCACCCGCACAAAGUCUGUUAGUUGCCCACCAAAGCACAUUCUAUUAUUAGC